ACUCUCUAAUACCAUUUAACAGAUAUAAUUUAACAAUUACUCUUGUUAUGUGUGCUCUCUUUACCAUAAACUAUUCUAUUAUGUUUAAGUAAGAGUGUUUCUGUCCAGGUUACACUGAUGUCCGACUGAUCAAUGGUCCUGACCCCUGUUCUGGCCGAGUUGAACGUCAGUAUCUCAGUAAAUGGGGCACAGUGUGUGAUGCAUGCUGGGAUAUGAGAGCUGCCAGUGUCCUCUGUAAACAGCUGAAUUGUGGGAUUGCUGUGUCUGUUGUGGGAUCAGACUGGUUUGGAGAGGGAAGUGGUGAAAUCUGGGCUGAUGUGUUUGAUUGUGACGGGAAUGAAACAAAACUCUCCGAAUGUUCAAUCUCUUCAUGGAGUCGAGCUGAACGCUCUCAUAGACGAGAUGUUGGAGUCAUCUGCUCUAACUCGUCUCUGGCUCUUCAUGAGGGUCUGGUGCGGUUGUCUGGAGAGAGUCAGUGUGAGGGGCAGGUGGAAGUUUUGAUCCAGCAGGUCUGGAGGAAGGUUUUGCUGGACUCCUGGAGUCUCACUGAAUCCUCUGUGGUCUGCAGACAGCUGGGCUGUGGCUCUGUGCUCAACUUCUCCGGCUCCUCUUCAUCCAGUCCUGAACACAGUCAUGAGUGUGUGAUGGGCUUCCAGUGCUCUGGGAGUGAAGCUCAUCUGGGGAACUGCAGCUCUCCGCAAACUCUCAACUGCAGCUCCACACAACAGCUGUCAAUCACCUGCCUUGGCCGCGGGUCCAUCAGGCUGGUGGGUUCUGGGGGUGACUGUGCAGGGAGGCUGGAGGUUUUUCACAGCGGCUCAUGGGGGACAGUGUGUGACGACUCCUGGGAUAUUAAAGAUGCCCAUGUGGUGUGCAGACAGCUGCAGUGUGGAGUGGCCCUCAGUAACCAGCAGGUACCAGCCUGGUUUGGUCCUGGUUCUGGACCCAUAUGGCUGGAUGAGGUGGAGUGUGAGGGGAAUGAGACGUCCCUGUGGAGCUGCUCUUCUCCAGGCUGGGAAAAACAUGACUGUCUACACAAAGAGGAUGUAGGAGUCGUCUGCUCUGAGUUUAAAGAGAUCAGAUUAACUGAGGGCUGUGAAGGGAAUGUGGAGGUUUUCUACAAUGGAUCCUGGGGAAAUGUGUGCUGGAAUCAGAUGGACAGAGACACAGUGAGUCUGAUCUGUCAAGAGCUGAACUGUGGAAGAUCUGGAGUUUUGUCUGAUUCUACAUCAAGACUGAAAUCUGCUCCUAACUGGCUUGAUAAAGUUAAAUGUCGACCACAUGACUCUACUUUAUGGCAUUGUCCAUCUACACCCUGGGGACAAAACUACUGUAAUGAAGAUGAAGUGGCCAAUGUUACUUGCUCAGGAGAAUCCACUUUUGUGAAAAUCCCACCAACCACCCUCAAUUAA